UUCAAUUUUGAAAAGGUUUAUUACGCAAAAUUAUAUAUAAAAAUAUCGUUAGCAAAAUCGGAAUUAGCAAAAUCAGCAAAAUUACAGAAUUUUUUUCAAAAUAACCAACAAGUCGUUCAGACCAGUUUUAUUCCAGCCAGAAAAUAGCGAAUCGAGUUUUUUUUCAGAAAAAGUUCUUUCUCUUCGAAGGAGGCGUCCAUGUUCCAGCAUUGAUUUGGUCCCCCAUAAUCAAAAAUACGUCACGAAUCCAUCAAGUCUAUUUCCACACAAGCGAUUGGCUACCAACACUCUAUGAACUGGCAGGCGGGAAUGUAAGCGACCUUGGAGCAAUCGAUGGGAUCAGUCAGUGGGGUUCAAUAACUAAUGGUAGCACGAGUCUUCGUGAUACGAUACUGCUCGACAUUAAUGAGUUGACCAAUACCAACGGUGUUAUUAAGGGACGAUUUAAAUAUUUUACUGAGCACAACUAGUACAGUCAUUACAUGGGUGAAAAUGUGGACGAUUGUGAUUCAGCGGCGCCACCUUACAACGUCACAUUCGUGACAAAUUCCAUGGCUGCUCUGGCAAUCGCAAACACCACCACUCUUAAGCCCAAAUUAUCUAAAAACAAGAUUUUGGAACUUCGUCGUGGCAACAAAGUGGUCUGCCCUCCGCAUAAUAAUCAACCGCUUCGUUGCAGAUAUUGUCUCAUUGAUAUUGUCGCUGAUCCUUGCGAGACUACAAAUCUCUUUUACCAACAUUAUCAGACGUCCAUGGAAUUGUCUGAUAUUAUCAGAGACUAUCGAAAAGUGUUGCUGCCCCGUCAUGCGGCUCGGGAAAAUUUUUCGUCCAAUUCAAAUUUCGUGGGAGGUACAUGGAUGCCAUGGUUGACUGUAGAGGGUAAUCCAUUGCCUCGUUGAUAGCCUAUACAACUCAACCUGUUGUUCAUUUUGCAUGAAAGAGUCUGAGCUGAUAAAAAAAUCGUUCUAAACGUGUAAUUGGAGAAUUGAAUAAACAAAAAAUGUGGUUAAA